AUGUUUGACGCAUUCACAACAAAUGCAAAUGGUGGCUUGACAUCACAGGCUGGCAGCACAAAGACAUCGAUGGGCUUUAAUCAGCCACCAUCGUUCACAAUGUACAACACUGGCGGAUCACACUCCAAUUCGCCAAUCCCAAUGCUAAACAACGACGGCACUACAAGCCCCACCUACUACCUCAACCUCAGCAUGGGCGUCCCCGUCAACACUGUGACGGUCGACCCAGAGACAGUGCAGGAAAUACCAAUCCCAAUCCCACAGUUCACCAGCGAGCCACCCAUCACAACAUCGGCAGUGCCCUCGUCGUACUGUUCGCCAUCGCCAUCGAGCUCACAUUCGAGCCCAAUUCAAGACUUCCAAUAUAUGUCGCCACAAUCUCCACAGCAACAACAGCAGCAACAACAGAUGUCACCACAGCAACAUCAACAACAACAAUACUCCUCCUCUCCUCUUCAAGUCAUCGAGACAACAUACACACCAGACUAUAACGUCGUCUUCAACUAUGUACAAAAGCACACGCCCAAGUCCGACAUGGUCCCAUUGAACAAUCCAUUCCAAUUGACCAAUCAGCAACAAGUUGCCAUUCCAAUCCAGCAGCAACAUCAACAGCAACCACAACAACAACAACAGAGCAACUCAUUCAACAGCAAUGAAUAUGAUGAUAUGCUCGACAAGCCAUUCUCAAAGGACUACUUCUUCAAUCAACUAAAGAGCGCAGUACCAGCCUUUGUUGAACCACAGGAGAAUGCAAUGAAUGAUGAUCAAGCGUCAAACGACGACAGCAGCUCUUCACCAGAGUCUGAUGGCGACUUGGCACUGUGCUCAAAGAAGAGAGGCCGCGAGGAGGUCAUCGACCUGUCUGGCGCCACCAUCCUCAACAAGGAUCAGGUGCUCAAGCUGACAUCUCGCGAGAUCGAGGAGUACGUCUCCAAGCUGAAGCAGAACCACAUCCUGUCGCCCAGCCAAGAGAAGGAGCUGAAAAAGCAACGCCGUCUAAUCAAGAACCGCGAGUACGCCUCGCAGUCGCGCUCCCGUCGCAAGGUGUACGUCGAGUCGAUCGAGUCCAAGCUCCAGCGUUCGGCCAAUGAGAACGCCUCGAUCAAGAGCCAGCUCACCACCAUGAAGGAUGAGAACCGCGAGCUCAAGAAGCAACUAUUCACUCUAACCCAAACCCUCAAGUCAAACCCAUCACUAGCCGAAGCAUUUGGUAAGGUCUUUUCGAUAGGCAAUGCCGGCUCUAAGAAGACAGCCGCCACUGUUUCCCUUUUUGUAUUCUGUGUUCUAUUUACAUUAACCUUCCUGUUCCCCGUCCAACCAACCGCACAUUUCCAACAACCAUCAGGCACCGCAUUCGUUCACCGUAACCUCUUGGACUUUGAUAUCAGCGAGCCAGUCAAAGUGACCUACGUCGACCGUACUCUACAACUAAAGAAUCAAAUACUGGAUGAGACUAAAGCAUUUGUAUCCAACCUACUUGGCAAUAUCAACGGACUGUCAACAAACGAUAAGAAGAAAUACGAAGCCGACUACCUAAAGCAUAUCUCGGCCAAGUCCUCAGCCAUGAUGAGCAACUCCACUGCCCUCCACGUUCCAUCCUCUCCAACAACACUAUCUACCAGUGCUGCGCCCACGACCAGCAGAUUAAGCACACAACGUCCAACUAAGAGACUGAGGACACACGUAAUCGAGGAGCCAUCUUCCCCACUGACAUGCUCGUCUCCACUUUCCUCCUCAGACAUGUCUGAUGAUGAAUGA